AUGUCAAAUCGCGUUCAGAAUGGCGAUGAGCAGUAUCUAGUACGCUGGACGUCAGAAACGUUGACCACGAAGCCACCGCUCAGCUGGCAUUCGGUUAAAGACCUAGUGCGGUGUCUAGAGAAGAUCCAAGACUACCUCGAAGUGAGGGAGAAGAAUCUACCGCUACCUUCGACUUCGGCGACACAAGUUUCCAGGAAAAGGAAGAGUCCGAGUGAGGGUUCAUCGUAUGACCGCCGCUCUUCACCCUUCGAUCGCCGACUACAAGAGAGCCAUACGCCGUCACUCUCUCGAUCUUCAUCCGUAUCAUCCGCAGCAACAAUCACGUCUUCAGUCAGUGACAUAUACAACGGCGUCUUGGAUGCUAAUCAAUAUGGCUAUAUAUUCUGCCGCCAGGUCUCAGGUCACGACAUACCCGAACUUGACAUUCGUACUGUGUCCACGCCAGAGAUGAACCGCAUUGCGCAUCGUUCUAGUGUCGACAAAGCGCUUACGUACAUCCGAAAUGAGUAUGUCCGGAGACUAGCGAAAGUUCCAGGCAAACCCAUUCACUUGUUCAAUGUGGUAGACAGAGCCACUCCUUCACUGCGCUUCCGGUACAUCUCCGAAUAUGUGCUAGAUGAGCAACAAGGUAUCUACCGUGCGUCAGUCGAAACACAGCAAGGGUGUCAACAGUGUUCGCCGCACAUGGGUCGUGACAUCGGAUGCGAGUACACGAAGAGGUGUGAUUGUCUCGAAUAUGCCGCAGUAGAUGAAAGCCGCCUGGAUGAGGAAGGCAGGCGAGAAUAUCAACUUGCUCUCGAGAACGGAGAUUCAACAAUGGGAUUUCCAAAGAAAUUCCCUUACUUUGCCGAGGGCACAAAACGAGAGAAGACUGGCUGCCUAGUACCCUUCUACCUCAACUCCCGUCGUCCAAUCUACGAGUGCAACGACCGGUGCAAAUGCGGUCCCAAGUGUCGCAACAAGAACGUUCAGUUCGGGCGACAAGUCGAGGUCGAGAUCUUUAGGGCGAACGACGGGCGUGGCUGGGGUCUCCGUUGCAAACAAGAUCUGCAUGAAGGCCAGUUCAUCGACACCUACCGCGGAGAGGUCAUAACCGACGCGGAAGCCACUCAUCGCGAAACCUCGUCUUCGAAAGCAAAAGCAUCCUACCUCUACUCCCUCGACAAGUUCGCGGAAUCUGAAGGUCUUGAAGAAGAAGACCUCUACGUUGUGGAUGGUGAGUUCAUGGGCGGACCAACAAAAUUCAUCAAUCACUCAUGUGAUCCGAAUUGCCGGCAGUACACGGUUUCGUACAACAAGCACGAUCCGAGAGUUUAUGACAUCGCGUUCUUUGCACGAAGGUUCAUUCCAAAAGGUGAAGAACUGACGUUUGAUUAUCUCGACAAGGAAGAGGAGGAGGAGAUGGACGAGCCGGGAGAGGGGGCGCUUCCUUGUCUUUGUGGUGCGGAGAAUUGCCGAAAGUGGCUUUGGACGUAA